UUCCACUUUGUUUGUUCAACUUUGCGAAAGGCUCCACUGACUACUGGGAGUGGUACUGUGAGUGAGGCGUGGUAGAAGAGGGCCCCCGCCGCGGCGCCGCCGUUGAUCCAACCUCGGCCGACAGGGCAAAAUUCUGUUUCCUAGGGAUCGGAGUAUAAUUUGUCCUGUUUCCUUGUUGUUCCGGGAAAACAAAAAAGAUGGCGGAGGGCCAAGAGAGUGUGGGCAAAAAACAGAAACCUUCAAAGAGAGCGACGAGGAGAAUAAGGAUCGUAUGCAACGACCCGGACGCAACUGAUUCGUCUGAGGACGACGACUGUGCGUCCAGGAGACAGAAGAAGAAUAAGAAGAAGGUGUUUGUUAGGGAGAUAAAUCUUCCCAUACUCAGUGGUCCAACUCUUGAAGCAGAGACCAAUCAUUGUCAAGAAGACAAGAGCACGGAUAGUAACAAUAACAGAAGCAGAUUGAUGAUGAGUCAAAAUAAAAGCUCUUCAUCUUCUUCCUCUUCUGUUUCUUCACCCUCAAGGGUAGGGAAGCCGAUAGGCGUGAGACAGAGGAAAUGGGGGAAAUGGGCGGCGGAAAUCAGGGACCCUUUCAAGGGGAGAAGGGUGUGGCUGGGCACUUACGCAACCGCCGAAGAAGCCUCUUUUGCCUAUGAAAACAAACGCCUCGAAUACCAAGCGGCCAUGAAUAUUAUUAAUGCCAAUGCCAUCUCCUCCUCGGACUCCGUUCGGAAGCAUUCUCUGGCUCCUCCCCAGCCCCUCAAAGAAGAAGACCCCUUGGUCGAGGGAUCAGAGAGGCACGACGUGGCAUUCGAUUUGGAGCUGGAAUCCCUCCUUUCCGCUGCGGGUGGCAAUCUUUCGACUUGUCUUGAUGAUUUUGCCCGUCUUCCUCCUUCUCCGCAUUUUGAUGAUUUAGACCUUCUUCCUCCUAGUGUAGUGUAUGAUGACCAGCUGCCCGUGGCUUUGCCCGACAUUGAUUUGGACUUUGAUUUCGAUGCUUGCAAUGAGGCUUGGAUGGUUGAAUCUCAAUCUCCCCCUGCUAUGACAACUCCCCCUCUAAACAUAGCUUGCCCAUAAUUUUUUUGCAUUGGUUAAUAGGCGUUUUGUUUAUGGCAUUACUACCUUUUUAAUUAGUCUAAAAGUAUGGUUCUUGUGUUAUACAGGGUGGGUAGUAAAGCUGUGAAUUUGCC